AGGUUCUCGCUCUCUCUCGCUGCCGCCUGCAGUCAGUCAGUCUCACCACAGAACACGCCGCGCGCAGAUUACUAUCACUAUAUAUAUAUAUGUGCCAGUCAACAGCGCUCCAGCCGCUCCUUUCCUUUCGCUCCGACGCGAAGACUUCGGUUUAGUUUAACCACGUCGCUUAUCCUGCCUCCCGCGGUGUUUUCUUCAGCCCGAGAGCUUUUCCAGAGCUUCAUAAGCUGCUUUUGGGUAAGAAAAGCGCGUUUGUUGUGCGUGUAAAGGCAGCUCGGUUUCUCAGCAAUGGCGACAGCUGCGGUAUCUGCCCCUGCUGGCGGCGGCCCGAACCCCGGAUCCGGUGCCGAGAUGGUCCGCGGUCAGGCUUUCGACGUCGGGCCGCGCUACAGCAACCUCUCGUACAUCGGAGAGGGCGCGUACGGCAUGGUUUGCUCGGCGUAUGAUCGUGAUAAUAAAGUGCGUGUGGCGAUAAAGAAAAUCAGUCCGUUUGAGCACCAGACAUACUGUCAGCGCACGCUCCGCGAGAUAAAAAUCCUGCUCCGCUUCAAGCACGAGAACAUCAUCGGCAUCAACGACAUCAUCCGAGCCCCCACCAUCGACCAGAUGAAAGAUGUCUACAUUGUACAGGAUCUGAUGGAGACAGACUUGUACAAGCUGUUGAAGACGCAGCACUUGAGCAAUGACCACAUCUGUUACUUCCUGUACCAGAUCUUGCGUGGCCUAAAGUACAUCCACUCGGCAAAUGUUCUCCACAGAGACCUGAAGCCGUCUAACCUGUUGCUCAACACUACUUGUGACCUCAAGAUCUGUGAUUUUGGGCUCGCCCGGGUGGCCGAUCCAGACCACGACCACACCGGCUUCCUGACAGAAUAUGUAGCCACACGUUGGUACCGUGCACCAGAGAUUAUGCUCAAUUCUAAGGGUUACACUAAGUCCAUUGAUAUAUGGUCGGUCGGUUGCAUUCUGGCUGAGAUGCUUUCGAAUAGACCCAUCUUCCCUGGGAAACACUAUCUGGACCAGCUUAACCACAUCUUAGGUAUUUUGGGCUCCCCCUCUCAGGAGGACCUCAACUGCAUUAUCAACAUCAAGGCCAGAAAUUACCUGCUGUCACUUCCUCUCCGCUGCAAAGUGCCCUGGAACCGCCUGUUUCCUAACGCCGACCCUAAAGCGCUGGACCUGUUGGAUAAGAUGUUGACCUUUAACCCUCAUAAGAGGAUUGAGGUGGAGGAGGCGCUGGCUCACCCUUACCUGGAACAGUACUAUGACCCCACAGAUGAGCCUGUUGCAGAGGCUCCGUUUAAGUUUGAUAUGGAGCUGGACGACUUGCCCAAAGAGACUUUGAAAGAGCUGAUCUUUGAAGAAACCGCACGUUUCCAGCCAGGCUACAGACCAUAGCCUCUCACACAGGUGUUGGUCUUGAUCCGAUCAUGCUGAUGCUUCUGUCUCCACUCCACUGUGCGCUGUGGUCCUCUUUUGGUCUUCAUCGCCCUCAUCACCUCAUCGUUAUCUCCUCCUCUUCCUAAACUCCAAAACUACAGACAGCCCUCAAAGUUCACCUGACCCCAGCCGAAGAACAUGCACUCCUGCUCCCUUCACCUGCUUCGCUCUCAUUACAGUGACAGCUCAGCUUCUCUCACACUCUCUUCCUGCCCGUCUGUGUGAAAGUUUGCCCACGUGUUUGGGGACAACACCUCGUCAAGGUUUCCGAUUCCGAAUAACCCCUUUUUUUUUUCUUUUAGUCCUCUGAUACACUUCAGUAAAAACCGUCUACGAUUGUGUUUUUCUUGUGCUUCUUUCUAAGCGUCUUGUUAAUAUUUCCAACAAGCUGCUUUUCUAAAGUGUCUGUAAGCCAUUUUGAAGUCCCACAGAGGUCAAGCGGGGAGAGAACGGGGGCUCGGAUCUCCUCUAUUCUUAAAUAUAUAUGCAGUGGACUCGCAUUUUAUCCACGUUGUGCAUCGCCAAUUUCCUCAAAGUGCACAGAGCGCGAAAUUUGCCACGGUGCCAUUUUAAGGCUUUAAUACGUUUUCAUAAAUGCAAAUGUGUAUUUACUAUUGACCCCUUAAAAUUGAUUCAAAUCCUGUAAUUGAGAUUAUUUUAGAACCCCAUAUGGUGACUUGACUAAUAUACAUAUACACGCGUUAGAUUUUUAAAAACCUGCAAUUAUUUAUAUACAUUAAAACCUGUAAUUACAUUAAUAUACGUAUAUAAAUAAUUAUUAUUUGUAUAUCGACAGAGACUAAUGAGUUACAUUUGCUUAAGCACCAAAGAAAAGACAAGGAUCAGCCACCUUGGAAAAUUAUUGUCCAAUAUUUGAUCUAAGCCCUCAAAUUACCCGCCAAAAAGGCUAGUGCCAUGCAGGUUUACAUGCAUCCUGAAAUCCAGGUGUGUUUUUUUUAAUAUAAAGAUGCACAUAGGUCCAUCUAGGAACUAGACUUGUCAUUUAGAUAGGCGUAGAGAAACUUCUGUCACGGGACAAAGAACAAUCCUAGUUUUCAGUCACUAUGGGUACAUAUUGAAUCAAUGUCUAUUAUAAACGUACAGUGCCUGCUCAUCUGUAUUCGUGAUUUCCUUUUUUUGUAAACUUCUUUGUCUUUUGUGCUUUCCCUGCACCCCCAGCCGCCUUGUAUCAAUAAGACUGUGCCCUUGCAUGACUGUUAAAAAGCUUUCUAUACAAAGAAAAUGGAAGUGCCACAUUGCUGGGGAUUCCGCUAUUGGACUCUCAGGUUUUUGUUAUAUCUUACCUUUUGUGGUCUCAUAUUUCCUAUAUAGAGCAUAAUCAGUUCAAAAAGGAAGAAAAAGCUCUUUAUUUUGCUCGUUCGUUUAGAUUGCACUUAUUUAAAAAUCCAGGUUCCUUUUAGUGUUCGGAGGAAAAAAAAAAAAAAAAACUCUUAUUAAUCAAGAUUAGCUUUUUAGAUGAACUAGCUCAAUCAGGUUUAACUCCACGUGGAAAUUAGGAGCCUCUAGCCAUGGAAAUGCACCUUUUUAUUAAUCCAUUUCAAUCUGCUGGUGAAUGAAUAAUGUGGUGCGUCGAGGCCCGGGCGAAACGAAAGUCCGCCUGGAACUGUACGCGCGAUUAAUGCAUACUUUUGUGAAAUUAUACAGCACUUGAACGUUUGAGAAAAUGGACGUCUAAGGCAUUAAGUUAUUAAUAACGGUAUGCGCAUAUGUGCAUGGCUUCAGCGAGUGUUUCUUUCCCCACACUGGCUUUCUCUCUGGUUUACUAACCCUACAUUUUUUUUUUUUUUUUUGCAUCUACACACAUCUGGCAAGACGCCACCUAGUGGUGGUAUCAGAUGUUGGUCGAUCAAGGAGAGAAUGGGCGAUUUCUCUUAAAUAAUAAAUGAAUAAAUAAAAAAGGAAAAAAAAAAUGGUGAAACUCUGUAAGAUAGCUUCUGCCGAAUCAGUGUGCAGCCUGUCUGUUUCUGUGUGCCUUUAUGCGUCAUGAAUAACAACAUUUAUUGUGCAGCUUUUUGUUGGGGAUCAGUUGUGACUUUUUUGCGGUAUACUCUUGAAAUUAUAUAUAUAUAUAAAUUUAUAUAUAUAUUUAAAAAAGUGAAAACCAAAAAAAAAAAUCUUUAUGUACUUUUAAGUCCUAUUUGUCACAGCUUUUGUGAAUCAUUUGAGGAAGUAAAGAAAAAUAAAUACGCCUUUUCUUUUUGCCCUACCUGGUUUGAUCCUGUUGCUUUUUGCCUUCAGUUCUUGAACGUUUUGUGCGGAACUGUUUUUAUUGUAAAAAUGAAUGUCUAGUGAUUUAUUAUUAUUAAUCUUGUAAAAAAAAAAAAUGUCUUUGUGUAUUAAUCUCCUUUUUGUUAGCAAUGGCGAAUUUUUGUUGUGAUUUUCACUUUUGAGCUUGGAAAUCCCCAGGUUUUGGUCCCUCUGGGGAAACUUGUGAUUACAAAUAUUUCAAAAUUAUAUUAAAAUCUUUUGAAUCUAUUGAAAACGGUGGCAUUAUGUCUCGAAGGCUUGUUUUUAAUGCUCAAAAAGACGGCCGAUGUUCAUUGCCCAUCUUGAUCUCUGCAUCUGCCAAGUCAUGUAACCUAGAAACUGCAGAAUAAAACCAAUUGUAUUAUA